AUGGAUGAAGAACCAACUGAAUUUUUUCCCUACAUUCGUGAACCUGCCUUAAAAUAUUUACCCGAAAACUUUAAAAUUAAGGAAGAUAAGAUUCUUGAUGAGUUACGUAAUAUAAAGUCUACAGAAGAUAGAGAAACAUUUUGUGCUGAUUAUGUCAAAUUUUACAAUUCAUCCAUUGAUUUAAGAAAAGCCUUAUCAAAGGUAGCUGGAUUAUCUAGUCGUAUUGAACUGGAUUCAGUUGAAUUUUAUCAUGCAAAGACAAUAUCUACUUUUAGAGAAUUGUUAAAAGCUAUUAAAUCUAAAUUUACAAAUAUGUUUAGUGAAAUUUGUUCUGCCACUUUCCAACAUAAAUACUCUUUAAUUGAUAUUGCUGAUGAUGAUAUCAGAAUGGAAUUAGUUAAUCGUCUUCUUAGUGCAUCAAAAAAGGCUAGAUAUCAGUUAAAUGUUGAUGAACAAAGAAUAAAAAAUAAAAUUCAAUGUAGAAGUAAUUUGUUAGAUUUAAAUGUAGUAGUGGGUUCAAAAAACAAACGUACUAGAGUUGAUGAUAUUACUUUAACUAUUGCUGCACCAAAUAAAAAAAUUAGAAAAAUAGAUCCUGCAAUUAAUUUGUUAACAGUUUCUCAUAAACCUCAGGAUGAUUUUAAAGAUUGUAUUAUUAAUGAUGAUGCUCCAUUUAUUAGUAAAUUAAAAGUCAAACAUAAUGCUAAAGUAGAAUGGAAGGGUUAUGCUAAUGAUGACAAUGAAAUUGAUAAACAUCCAUAUAUCUAUGAAUUAAGGUCAUUAGAAAUUAGUGAAGAUUUAUUAAAAGAACAGGCAGUUGUACCUGUAAAAUCUUUAUCAGAUACACCAUUAUUAUUUGUUAAUACAACUGAAGGUUUAGAAAAUAUUAUUCAAUAUUUAAAAACACAAAAAGAAUUUGCUGUAGAUCUUGAGCAUCACAGUCUUCAUUCUUUUUUAGGAAUUACUUGCCUUAUUCAAAUUUCAACAUAUGAAAGAGAUAUUAUCAUUGAUCCAUUUCCUAUAUGGAGAGAUAUGUGGAAAUUAAAUGAUCCAUUUAGUGAUCCUAAUAUUUUAAAAAUUUUCCAUGGAGCAAAAUUUGAUAUUAUAUGGUUACAGAGAGAUUUUGGAAUAUAUGUUGUUAAUAUGUUAGAUACUCAAUGUGUAAUGAAAGUUUUAAACAUAACACCAUUAGGCUUAGCAAGUUUAAUUUACUGUUAUUUUUCUGUUGAAUUAGAUAAAAAAUAUCAGUUAGCUGAUUGGAGAUAUCGUCCAUUAACAUAUGAAAUGAUACAAUACGCUAGAUCAGAUACUCAUUAUUUAUUGGGAGCAAAAGCUUUUAUUGUUAAUCAUUGUUUAAGAUCAGGAAAUAGAAAUCAUAACUUAAUAAGAGUAGCUUUUGAAGAAAGUACACUUUUGUGUAUGAAUCAUUUUGAACAACCUAGACUUGAAAUUGAAGUAUAUGGGUCAUUUAAAAAACGUUUUGAAUUAUUUUCACCUCUUCAAAAAUUAGUUUUUCGACGCCUUUACAGAUGGAGAGAUGAAAUGGCAAGAAUGGAAGAUGAAUCUUUAGAAUAUAUUAUGACAGAAAAUGCCUUAUAUUCAAUUGUUGAAUGUCAUCCUAUUGAUGUUCAAAGUCUUUUAUGUACUUGUGUACCUACUCCACCUUACUUACUUAAACAUGCUAAUGAAAUUAGUUCAAUGUUAUAUAAAAUGAGAGAGUAUUCUUUAGAUGAAUGUGAAAAAUAUUUAGAAGAAGAGGAAAAAAAUUUUAUUGGUUCUAGUGGUCGAAAUAUUGUUUUUAAUACAUUAGAUAUCAAUGAAAUGAGAAUGCAUGCAAUGUUUGACAAAAUGGAUUAUUCUUCAGAAUAUAAUAUGAAUAAAAUUUCAAAAACAAUUUGUUUGGAUGAACGCCUUGCAAAUUUACCUUCUUUUGAAUGUUCAAUUACAACAGGUACUAAUUUGUACCAAGACUUUAAGAAACGUAUUUAUAAUGAGGGAAAAGAAGCAGUUAUUAAAGCACCAUUUUAUUUAAAAAAUCGUCUUGAAUAUGUCAUACCAAAGAAAGUUGAAAAUAGAAUUUCUGAGGUUCAUAAAGAACAUCAAGAUUGGAUAACACCUUAUGAGAAAUAUUGUAUGGGUAUAAAACUUCUUAAAGAAUUAAAACCUGAUAGUGAACCUUCUAGAGAUGUAAGAAUUGCUGAAGAAAAGAUGAAAUCAGCAAAAAGUUGGGCGGAGUUAUAA